GCGCUGCUCAAGUUCGUCGUCUCGAUCACCAAGCACCGGUGGGCCCACCCGUUCAAGCGGCCCGUCACCGAGAAGGAGGCGCCAGACUACCGCGAGAUCGUCACGGACCCGAUGGACUUUUCGACGCUGCGCAAGAAGGUGGAGGGAGGCGCGAUCCGCGACGUCGCCUCGCUGGUGUCGGACCUGAAUCUCAUCUUCAACAACGCGAUGCUCUACAACCCAAAGGGCUCCGACUACCACACGAUGGCCUCCACGCUCAAG